CUCAUACUUCUUCCAUCAUGGUGGCUGAAGUCAUUGAUCGUCCCAACCCGGGCCCAAAGCCUUCUCAGCUGCCUGACAGUGUCAGCGACCUCGCAGUUAAGCUUCACUACCUGUCGCUCCCUGAUGAAGAUCUCAAGUCUUUGGACAAGUUUCGACGCGCUGCCAAUUAUCUGGCCACUGCUAUGAUUUUCUUGAAGCACAAUGCUCUGCUUGAACGCGAAUUGACUUUUGAUGAUGUGAAGCCCAGGCUUUUGGGACACUCUGGUACUGGCUUUGGUCUGACUUUGAUCUACGCUCAUCUCAACUACCUGCAAAUCAAGACUGACGCCGACAUCAUCUACGUUGUCGGUCCUGGCCACGGUGCACCUGCUAUCCUUGCACCCCUGUGGAUGGAAGGCUCUAUGGGCACAUUCUACCAAAAGUACGCAAAGACGAAACAAGGUGUGAGUAACCUUAUUGCUGCAUUUUCAGCUCCUGGUGGUCUUCCUUCCCACAUCAAUUCUGAAACACCGGGGGCCAUUCAUGAAGGUGGUGAACUUGGCUAUGCUCUUUCAGUUGCAUUUGGAUCCGUGAUGGACAGCCCAGACUUGAUCACUGCUGUCGUUGUUGGAGAUGGCGAAGCAGAGACGGGACCUACUGCUGGUGCUUGGCACGCGUGCAAGUACCUCGAUCCAAAGGAAUCCGGCGCUGUACUACCCAUUCUUCACUGCAAUGGCUUCAAGAUUGCUGAGCGAACCAUCUUUGGUUGUAUGGACAACAAAGAACUGGCUGCACUCUUCUCCGGCUACGGCUACCAGUGUCGCGUAGUGGAGGACUAUGAAAAUAUUGACCUUGAUCUUGCUACAGCUAUGAAGUGGGCUUAUGACGAAAUCAGGAAGAUCCAAAAAGAUGCUAGGAGUGGCAACGCACAGAUGAAGCCUCGAUGGCCCAUGAUUGUUUUGCGCACACCUAAAGGCGCUACAGGUCCCAAGAUGUUGGACGGCGAGUUUAUUGAGGGAUCUUUCCACAGCCACCAAGUGCCCCUGAUGAAGGCCAAGACGGACAAGUCGCAGCUGGCAGAUUUACAAAAGUGGCUCGAAUCUUACAAGCCACGCGAGUUGUUCACUGAAGAUGGUGAUGUGGUUGACGACAUCAAGCGCAUCAUUCCAAAGGAGGACAGCAAGAAGCUUGGACAGCGUACCGAGACUUACAAUGCUCACAAACCACUCAAGGUCGCUGAUUGGCGAUCCUAUGCAGUUGAUCGCGGCACCGCCGUCUCUUCAAUGAAAUCAAUUGGUAGUCUUCUUGACCAGGUCUUGCAAGACAAUCCGACCACCUUACGCCUUUUCUCGCCAGAUGAGCUCACUUCAAACAAGCUCGACAAGGUAUUUGAGCACACCGACCGCAACUUCCAAUGGGACGAGUUCUCCUUCAAUAACGGUGGCCGUGUCAUCGAGAUGCUGUCUGAACACACCUUGCAGGGCUUCCUGCAAGGCUAUACACUGACCGGUCGUACGGGUGUCUUCCCUUCUUAUGAGAGCUUCUUGGGAAUUGUACACACAAUGCUUGUGCAGUAUUCCAAAUUCCAAAAGGUGGCGCGCGAGACGACGUGGCGUGCCGACAUCUCGUCACUCAACUAUAUCGAGACAUCCACCUGGACACGACAGGAGCACAAUGGUUUUAGCCACCAGAAUCCUUCAUUCAUCGGUGCUGUUCUCAAUCUGAAGCCUAAUGCCGCUCGCGUGUACUUGCCUCCUGACGCCAAUACGUUCUUGUCUACGUUGGCACACUGCCUGCGUAGCAAAAAUUAUGUCAAUCUUAUGGUUGGUUCGAAGCACGAAGGGCCUGUUUGGCUCUCGACUGAAGAUGCAGACAAGCAUUGUCAAGCCGGUGCAUCAAUCUUCAAAUUUGCUUCCACGGACGAAGGCCUCGAACCUGAUGUGGUGCUUGUUGGUAUCGGCAGCGAGCUGACCUUUGAAGUUAUCUCCGCCGCAAGCAUCCUGCGACGCAUCUGCCCAGCACUGCGUGUCCGUGUCGUCAACGUCACUGAUUUGAUGAUUCUCGGCCGCAAUGGUCACCCCCACAGCCUGUCGCAAGAGGACUUUGCAUCGCUCUUUACGAAGGACAAGCCAGUUUACUGGAACUACCACGGCUAUUCACAAGAGAUUCAAGGCUUAUUGUUUGGCAGGCCCAAUGCAGACCGCUUCACCGUCGGGUCGUACAUGGAAGAAAGCACGACGACGACGGCUCUCCAUGUGUUGAUGCUGAACUGUGUAUCUCGCUUCCAUGUGAUGCAACAUGCCAUUGUCGGUGGAGGAAAAUCCAAUCCAAAGGUCGCAUUGGAACAAACUCUGUUGCUUGGACAAAUCAGGCACUGGAUGUCCAAGACGGAGAAGUACAUUUAUGAACAUGGAGAAGACCCAGAGAGUGCAUUUGAUGUGCCUACUUUCGAGGGAUCUGAGAACUUUUCGUCCAAAGCACUCAACUCGCUGAAGGCAGACGAGAAGCAGGAGAAGAAGACCAAGGGUGGACAGGAUGGCUUCUUUGUCAAUUGAUUGAUGCAAAUGAUGAAUAUGACGCAUAUUUAGACGUAUAGAUAACCAGAUAGCUUAACAGUAUUGAUUUCUUGCUUGACA